AUGAACAAGCAACAGGCCGGAGACGUCCCUUCGGAAGGAAUGGAGGAGAAGACUGGGCAGAUUGUUGAUCUUGCGGAUGGUUAUACCCCUGAAGAGGAAAAGGAAGUUCUCCGCAAGAUCGACCUGGCCAUCCUGCCAAUGAUGUGCUUUGUCUUCUUCUUGCAAUACUUGGAUAAGCAAAGUCUUAGUUACGCCAGUGUUUUCGGUCUCAUCACCGACCUGAAUCUUACUAGCACGCAAUACUCGUGGUGUUCCUCCAUCUUCUACUUGGUAUCGGAAUAUCCCUUCAUCUACUUGAUGAGCAGAUUCCACCUCACCAAGUUCGUCGGAGUCACUGUCGUAAUAUGGGGCAUCAUCUGUAUGUGUCUUGCAGCCCCGCACAAUUAUGCCGGAUUCGCCGCCGUUCGAUUCCUCCUAGGUUUCGCCGAAGGAGCUGUGUCUCCAGCCUUUAUCACGAUUACAAGUAUCUGGUACCGGAGCAACGAGCACGCUCUUCGAACAGCCCUCUGGAUCACCAUGAACGGCCUCGCUCAAAUCUGCGGUUCGCUCCUGAUGUACGGCAUCGCCAAGAACACCCACGCCAUCGCCCCGUGGAGAGUUCUGUUCCUCGUCUGUGGCGCAAUCACUUCUGCCGCGGGCGUUCUCUUUUACCUAUUCAUGCCCAAUGGCCCCAAGGAUGCGUGGUUCUUGAACGAGCGUCAGAAGCAAGUUCUGUCCAUGCGCAUGGCCAAGGACCGCGAAGGUGGCGACAAGACCUCCUUUUCUAUGACGCAGCUCAAAGAGGCUGUCUUUGACAUCAGGACCUGGUUUGUUUUCUGGUUCGGUGUUUUGGUGACCAUGCAGUCUCCAGUCCUUACGUUUGCUUCACUCGUCAUCAACAGCAUUGGCUACGACAAGUAUGAGACCAUGCUUUACACUGCUCCAUCUGGCGCGGUUCAAAUUGCAAUGUUGUGGAUUGGUGUCUGCGGUUGCCUGCUCUUCCCCAAACAGCGGAGUUUGGUAGCUCUCGUUCUCAUCCUGCCGCCCCUUAUUGGCAACGUCCUCCUUAUGAAGCUGUCAACCAAUGCCGGAUGGGGUAUGAUUGCUGCAUCCUGGAUUGCAUCAUGCAUCACAGCUGUUUGGUCCAUCCUUCUCUCACUCACGGCCUCAAACGUUAAGGGAAACACGAAACGCGCCAUCGUCAACGCAAUGUUCUUCGUCGGGUACUGUGCAGGCUGCAUUGGCGCACCUCAGCUCUGGACUAAGAAGCCACGAUACUUCAAUGGUGUUGUCACAGCAAUUGUCACAUGGUGCUUGCUGUUUGUCGAAAUCAUCGUGUACAGAUACCUUUGUGCAAAGGACAACAAAAAGAGAGACGCUGCCCAAUCCGAUGGUCAGGAAAUCCAGAGCCAGGAUGAGGUCAUCCUGGAUGCAGGCGGUGCCCCUGAGAGCGACUUGACAGACAAACAGGACAAGCUCUUCAGAUACAGUAUUUAA